AUGGCAAUCCCACUUAAGGCCCUGUCCCCCGACGACAACGUGGUGAAGUGGUUUGAAGAGGAGAGCAUUCCGUAUGCCUACUUUCACACCCCCGUCGCCGAACUGUAUUGGCUGGUGAGCACUAACCGCCAUACGAACAUGCCCGUCAAGUUUCUCAUUUCCGAAGACCUCAUCGACCAAGCCUGCGAAGUACUCACUCGCCAUGGGCUGGUCGCAUGUCCCUACGGAGAUGACUGCCAGCUGACCCGCUCACUGGCCCAGAUCCCCAGCUCGGCGGAUCAUUACCAUGCGGCUCUGCCAGCCGAUGCGGGCGCUCAAGGCCAGCAACCGAACCCCGAUGCGAUGGAGGUGGACCAGACACAACUGACCCAGCCACAGGACCCAGAUGCAAUGGAUCUUGAUGAGGAUAUCCCCUCCUUCCCCCCGCCAGGCAGUGCGGGCGCUCCUAACGAUGCCUACGGCCUGACGAUCCUCCUCUACCCGCAGGAGGACCUCUUCUGGUUCUUCUCCACCCCGCCUUGCCGGACCGAGCUCGAAAACAGCCAUUGCUACAUUGAAUCGCGUGAGCCCAUCAUCUGCCGGCUCUGGAACUGCCCCGUGGUCACCUACACGCAGCGGACGUGGGCGGAGACGGUGCUGAUCAACCUGAGCCGCGACCUGGCGACGCGCGCCGGCGUGCCGCAGGCCUACUGGCACGCCGAGCUGAAGCACAUCGCCAUGUUCUGGUACAACGACCACCUGUCCGCGUACCAGAAUGGGGGCUCCCAGGUCGACCUGCACCCUCGCAACAUGAUCAAGCCAUACAGCACCAUCCUGAGCCUGUUCCGCGAGGCCCUGUGGUUCUACGACCAGGACGGAUUCUCGGACGCGGUCAAGGCGGAGUUUCGGGAGAUGUUCGACGAGCUCGAUCUGAUGGGACUGUUCCCGCCUGGCCCUGGGUUGCGUGUCGAUCCCUGCACCGACCACACCUUUACAGGGCACGGCCCGAUUCCUGCGUAUUUGGCGCCGUCGGUGGCGGGCAUUCGUCGGGACUUCCAGUCGCGACGGGAUGGUUCGGGUUGA